AAUAAAGACUUACAAAGUCUUUCUAUCAACAAUCUCUUAUCUCUAGCAUUAGCAGAAGAGGGGUACCACCGAGCUUCCCUCUGCUUCGAAACGGGGUCAAUUGGAACUUGGGAGUAGUAAUCGUAUGUUCAUCUGGGCUGAGAAGGCUCAACUUCAACCAUGGCACCGCAGGUGAUGCAGUGGCGCGCAAUCAUAUCUGCUCUGAUGCUCUGCUUUUUCAUCCCUGCAUCAAUGGCCAUAUACUGCGACGAAGACGAUUGCUACGAUCUACUGGGGGUUUCUCAAAGCGCCAAUGCUUCGGAAAUCAAGAAAUCUUACUACAAGCUCUCCUUGAAAUAUCACCCAGAUAAAAACCCUGAUCCCGAAUCGAGAAAGCUGUUUGUCAAAAUUGCAAAUGCUUAUGAGAUAUUGAAAGAUGAAGCCACACGUGAGCAGUAUGAUUAUGCAAUUGCACAUCCAGAGGAGGUGUUUUAUAAUACAGCUCAGUACUAUCGUGCUUAUUAUGGUCACAAAACGGAUCCCCGUGCUGUUCUAGUGGGUCUUCUUUUGGUUCUCUCAGCAUUUCAAUAUCUAAAUAACUGGACAAGGUAUACACAGGCCAUUGACAUGGUCAGGAAGACGCCAGCUUACAAAAAUAAACUUCGGGCAUUGGAACUUGAACGUUGUGGAGGAACAACAAAAAAGAAGAGUCACAAGCAGAUGGACAAGAAAAUGGAGCAAGAACUCAGUAAAGAACUUGAACUGCAGAUAAAGGGAGCUGAAAAACCCUCAAUCUGGGAGCUUCUUGGUGUUCGUUUCAUAUUGCUACCUUACACUACUGGCAAGCUCUUAUUAUGGUGUGGGUGUUGGUUCUGGAGAUACCAACUUAAACACGCUGCAUAUACUUGGGAAGAUGCCUCUUACCUGACACAAAGAUCCCUUGGAGUGCCCCUUGAUAGAUGGAGAAUCAUUGAUGAAUCAGCAAAAGAAGAUCUUAUCAAGAGACGUUUAUGGGAAAAAUCGAAUUUGGAGAUAUACUUGGCAGAGAUGCGGAAGGAAUCGAAACGCAGAAGAUAGCAGAUCCUUCUCAUUGCUCACCCUACAAGGUUCUUUUGGCCAAAAGUUUGACGAACACGCAUAUUAGCAAUGCCAGGUUUCUUGAGGAGCUCCAGUGGGAGGUUUUGAAGAUUGGGUUAUUUAUAGUGAAUGUUUUGACUACUGAGAAAGAUGAAAUAUUUUGAUGUUUAUAUUUUUACAUUCAUAUUAUAGUUCUGAAAGUGAGCAUAUGAUCAAGCUGACCAUCUCAUAGGCCUUUCAAUUCAUUAAUUUAGCCUUUUACAAAUAAAAUAAUUUCUAUGUAUACUCGAUGGUUGGAAACAUUCUUCUGUACGUUUGAAUUUGGAGACAACUUAAUAUUGUUUUGCAUUAUGAUUAAAUCCAAACAAAUUUAAAAACUAGCUUUCAUUUAUGGAUACAAA